UCGAUGGGAUGAAAAGAAGAGUUUCCUUUUUUUUAUUUAGGUGUAAAAAAAUAAUGACCCAUCGCACAGACCACACUCCACAUCGAUCCCCUCUCGAAACCAUCGCCUCCGCCGCCCACCAUGCCGCCGCCGCCGCCGGCGGCACCAUCGCUGCCGGAUGAGAUCCUCGAGGAGAUCUUCCUCCGGCUCCCGCCGGACGAGCCCGAACACCUCGUGCGCGCGUCCCUCGCAAGCAAGCUCUGGCUCGGCCUCCUCUGCGGCCCUCGCUUCCGCGGCCGCUACCACGACCACCAUGGAGCUCCCCCCAUGCUGGGCUUCCUCCAUACCUGGCUGGAGAACUGGGAGGAUCAAGGCCCCGUCCCACACCUCACCUCCACCACGAAAUUCGGCGCGCGCAUUCCGGACCACGAACGCGACUACUCUCCGCUGGACUGCCGCCAUGGCCGCGUCCUUCUUGGGGAUGAUGUGAAUCAGAUACCCAUGGCGCUCGUCGUCUGGGACCCCAUGACGGGCCGCCGGAGGGAGCUGGAAGCGCCCGACCUGGUGGUCGACAGCCACGGGACUGCCGUGCUCUGCGCCGUGGGCGGCUGCGACCACCGCGCUUGUCACGAGGGUCCCUUCCAGGUGGUCUUUGUUUGCGUGGGCUCGAAAGGAGAUGACGAUGAGGAUUGCGUUGCGUACGCUUGUGUGUCCUUGCCAGAGACCGGUGACUGGAGCAAGCCGUGCCCUCUAUUUGAUCAGUGGGGCGAGCCAUGCCCUGCUCUUCUUCUUCCGGCCGAAACAUUCUUCGAGCCAACGCCCCCUGUCCUCAUCGAAGGAGCAGCACUUCACUUCAUGCUUGAGGUUGUUGAUGAUGAUAGUGUAGGAAUUCUUAAGUAUGACUUGAGCUCUCAUAGCUUGUCACUGAUUGAUGCACCGAUUGAGGGUUCUCACAUUCCCACUGCCUCUAUCCUCAUGGCCAUGGAGGAUGGCAGUUUGGGGUUUGCGCAUGUCAGUGGAUCAACACUCUAUCUGUGGUCAAGACUGAUGGGUUCCGAUGGAGUUGCUUCAUGGAGUCAACGUACAAUUAUCAAUCUCGGAAACCUUUUCCCCAUCCAAAAUCCCGAGGGAAGCCUUAGACUGGUUGGAUCCGUGGAGGGCCGUGAUGUCCUCUUUGUGUCCACGGAGCUGGGCAUCUAUGAGAUUAAUGUUGAGUCGCAGCGAUGGAAGAAGCUAUGGAAGAGAAAGAAAUUACAUGCUCUGAUUCCAUACAUGAGUUUCUAUACAAUCCAAAAGAAAGGCGGCCACUCUCAUCAACAAGAAAGAUGGCAAGCUUGGAGGCGACAAGGGUGUUGUGAUGAAUAAACUUGCAGAAAGGAUAAUCUUGUAAUGAACCUCCCAUUAUUGCAGAUGCAGUAGGAACCAUGUGCUCUGUUGUUUUAUUUGCUUGAAAUGCAUCUGCAGACAGCAGCUUUGUCUUACCAUUUUGAGAACUCUACAGUUUGCUCUCCCAACACUCUAAAUUUACCUUUCAAAGAGAUAUGUUUGAACUU